UUUUUCGUGUAUUGUCGGAAUUAUGGUUUUGGCGGUGUUUGGCUCUGUUUAGCUACAUUUUCCCGUCUUUAACGAACUUUUUUUUACCGUUACUCUCAUCACGCUGGAUAAAAAAACUUUGGAUUGUGAAGUGAAUAAAUACCAGGAACAGAAAGUGCCAUAAGAUAAUUGCUUCCAAAAUGUCGGAUGCUAAUAAUCUCGUAUACAUAUGCGUACAUUGUGGACAAGUUGUUGAAAAUAAAGACAGCGAAUGGCACGAGAGACAAUGUCCAGAAAAAGUUGUAAAUAUAGAUGACGACCAGGAAGAUGUUGAGUUAAACGUUGAAGAAGUGGAGGAAGAAAUGCCGGAAGAAAAGCAAGUUGAAAAAGAUGAUUAUGUACUGCGACUCAUAAAUGCCGUUCGACUUCGCACAAUACUCUGGGACAAAUACCAAAAACGGGAUCUGCCAGCCAGAAAAAGCCUUUGGCUAGAAAUUGAACAAGAAUUAGGUACGCAGCCAGACGUCCCAAGAAGAGACUGGACACAUCUUCGUGAAAAGUAUCGUGGCGAGAGAACGACGUUAAAAAAAGCUUCACAAGCAGGUCGAAAAUUAGAGCCACGAUGGGAAUACUACAAUCAUAUGACAUUUCUCGAGCAGGAUGGAACGAGCAAACCUAAAAAAACGGUGCCAACAAAGUCUGCGCCAAAGUUAAUAGCGUCAAAAGUAGUGACCAUAAAUGGGAAAAAAGUGUUGAAAAAGAAUUACGUACGAGGAAAACCCGGACCUAAACCUGGCAGUCACAGAACAGUGAAAAAAGCGCCAAUUUCAAAACCAAUCACAAGGCCGAAAAGAGAUCCGAAACCGCCGGCCCAUCUCACAGAUUCACGGGCCGUUACAACCGUGAAUAAUGCCCGAAACUUCGGCCAAUUGAACGAAUUGCGAGUCGUUGUGCCGAGAAACGAUUAUCGAGAUCUCCAUGCGAGAAAAAAUGGAAAUUCGGUGAAUGUCGGGACAAAUGAGGCGAAUUCGCGAAAGAGGAGUAAUGUCAAUUCGCAGCAGGACGUUGAUGCAGCAGCGGUCAGUUUUAAGCAAGUUUGCAUUCGAAAUAACGAGGAGGCAGCGAUGAACAGUGGUGGAAAUAGUGGCGGCGACACUGUCGGCAGAUUUUGUUCGUACCUCGAGGUCAUGUUGAGGACUCUGCCAAAGGAGAAGCAGGAAGUAUUUUAUGAGGAGACGCUCGAUCAUCUUGCCACACUUAAACGGCAAAUUAGGAGGUCGAAUCACUCAAAUCCAACGAGUAAUUACAUGUAAGGUAACCGAAAAACAUAAAGAAACAAAAGAAAGGAAAAAUAAAUAAAUAAAAAUAAGAGAAAGAAAGUUCUCAAGGGAGUAGGAAUUCCGAGAAAUUAUUUUUAUUAUAUUUUACGCUUUUGUUCUACGAUUCUUGUAGCUUGAGACACUUAACUGAUACUUUUUAUAGAAUGAAAGUAGUGGCAGAUAUGAGUUCUUUAUUAUUAUUAUUUUUUUAUUUUUUAUCUCGACGUAUUGAUUUGAAUUACUUUCGAUGUCAAAAAAAAAAAAAAAAAAAAAAGAGUUUUUUAAGGCUUCGACGAGAGUCUGUGUGCCUGUGUGUGUGUGCGUGUGUGAGUGUGUCUGUGUUUAGACUCGAAAUUUUGAGAGUCGGAUCGAAGAGGCAUGUUUGAUGUCGGAAGUGUUUGGAAAAACAUGAAAUUUUAAUUAACGAGUAGUCUCGAAACUAUUGUGUAAUGUAUAAUAAUACAUGUAAGCAGCACGUUUUUGGAUUGAGGUGGUUUCAAUUGAGGUUCCGAAACUUGCGUUAUUUUGGUGUGACAAUUAUGAAUCGGCGUCCAGUGGUCUGGUGAGGUUGGUUUAACCUCGCCAUUUUUUCAAUCGUCAAAUAUUCUGAGUUACCAUUAAAAAGUUGUUCAUAAUUCCAUUGAAUCAGUUAUUUUUUUUUUUUUUUUUUUUUUUUUU